CAUAAAACCAUACGGGGAUAUAUCAGAAGCCAAUAAUUCCGAGCUCAAUUGUUCUUUCUCCAGCUCCGGAAAGCUAUCUCCCCUCGGUCAUUCCCCGGAAAUUCUAAUCAUUUCCCCGCAAAGAUACCAACUCAUCUGUCCUCACAAGAUCCACCGAUUUACAGUCACGACCUGCUUUUUAUAUGGCAUAGCCAGGGAUCAAUCGGAUUCAAUUUCUCUAUCCACUCAACUACCGAGUGAUAUCCCCUUUGACGUCUUUAUACCCACAGUGGCCAUGGGUCUCAAGAUUUGAAUUGCAGCAGUUCUCUCCGGCUCUAUCUCUGUUCUGCAAGCCACGCCAGUAGCUCAUUCGAAAGAGAGAAUUAUAUCCUCAGUCUCGACUUGAGCUGUGCUUGAAGGCAAUAGGCUGAUUCCGUGUGUGCUAUUUCUGCCUUUUGCCAUUAUUAGAUCCCAAUUCGUUAGACAAUAUGGAGACUUCGAAUCAGGCCCUGGUGGCUCCGGGAAAAGCCGGCCAGUCUAACAGCAAGGCUCAAGAUCUCAAGCCUCGUCUUCUUCUUAUGGGGUUGAGAAGGAGUGGAAAAUCGUCUAUCGCUAGCGUUGUCUUCCACAAAAUGCCGCCGAACGAAACGUUAUUCCUUGAGUCUACUACUCGUAUCCAAAAGGACUCGAUCCACUCUUUCAUGGACUUCCAGGUCUGGGACUUUCCCGGUCAGCUGGAAUACUUUGAGCCUUCCUUUGACCUCGAGGAUAUCUUUGGGAGCCUUGGAGCUUUGGUUUGGGUCAUCGAUGCGCAGGAUGACUACCUGGACUCAGUUGCUCGCCUGAACCGUACAAUCUUGACUGUCCAGCAAUACUAUCCUAACAUCAACAUCGAGGUUUUCAUCCACAAGGUAGACGGGCUUUCGGACGAGUACCGUGGCGAUACCUUCCAGGACAUUGUGCAGCACAUCUCGGAUGAACUAAGCGAUGCCGGCUACGAGAAUGCGCCAGUUCACUACUAUAUGACAUCCAUUUAUGACUACUCGGUAUUCGAAGCAUUCAGCAAAGUCAUUCAAAAACUCAUCCCCAACCUGUCCACUCUGGAGAACUUGAUCAACACGCUUGGUGACAACUGUGGAUUCGAAAAGACCUAUCUCUUCGACGUGCUGAGCAAGAUUUACAUUGCAUCCGAUACUCGUCCUAUAGAUAUGGCAUGCUAUGAGAUGUGUUCGGACUACAUCGACGUAAUUGUCGACGUUUCAGAACUGUACUCAUGGGAUCAUCCGGACCGCAAACCCAAGGGUGACCAGAUUCAAGAAGCAGAGAGCCACGUCGUUUUGCACGACGAGACGAUGAUCCAUCUCAUGGAAAUGAACAAGUAUUUAUGUCUCGUAUCCGUGCUCCGUCAUCCAGAGGCCAAGGAGAAAAAGGGCCUGAUUGACAUGAACUGCCGUACAUUCCAAGACGCUCUCCAGGAUGUGUUUACUCGCGGAUGGGAUCAGGACAAGGAUCAUGAGACCGAGAGUCAAAGGGACCAGGUGUAAGGCCAGCUGAGAUGGACUCGUUCCAGGAGCUGCGUGGGCACACGCCCAAAAAUUUUUUUGAGAUAGCUUGUUUGUCGAUAUUCCUGUCGCAUUUCCAGGCUUUUAUACUUCUAUGAAGUUCGACAUACCCAAAUUUCUUCUGAUAGCAUCAAUUGACUGAAUGAUCACACAUUCUGAGCAAAAUCCAGCCAGGCAAAUCGUGAUGGCCGGAUUGACAAUAAGGCACCAACUAUGAUAGUCCAGGCAUCAUAACGACCCG